AUGUCAGCUACCAGAGCCAACAAGGACAUCUUCACACUAUUUGACAAGAAAGGUCAAGGCUCCAUUGCCAAGGAUUUAUUGGGAGACUACUUGAGGGCCAUUGGCUACAAUCCCACCAACCAGCUGGUACAAGACAUCCUGAACGCGGACUCGAGCUUGAGAGACGCCUCCAGCUUGACAUUGGACCAGAUCACAAGUCUGAUUGAGGUCAACGAAAAGGAAUUGGACGCCACUACGAGGGCAAAGACAGAGGACUUCAUCAAGGCGUUCCAGGUCUUCGACAAGGAAAGCACAGGAAAGGUCUCUGUGGGCGACUUGAGGUACAUGCUGACCGGCCUGGGCGAAAAGCUGACUGACGCUGAGGUGGACGAACUAUUGAAGGGCGUCGAAGUCGACAGCGACGGGGAAAUUGACUACAAGAAGUUCAUUGAGGAUGUUUUGAGACAAUGA